AUGACGAUCUGGGUUGGAUCAAGACUGCUGAUCAGUACUACUAUGGCUGUAUCUAAGAACAAGCUGACACCAACAGGAGUACAGUAUAUAAUUAAUACUGUAUUAGAUGAAUUAGAAAAAGACGCAAGUAGACGUUUUGCUUGGUGUGAAACGUCAUUUUUAUGGCGUUGGCUGAUUGAUCAUGUAGAAACAGAACGUAUGAAAAAACUUGUUGAACGAGGUCGUAUAUUACGUAUUUGA